CCAUGCAUUACAUCACUGCAAUUUAAGAUCAAAGGUCAAGCCAAGUGUGACUAAUCCACACCCUAUUUAAUACCUCAAGUACGUAUAGUAUAGUAGCUAGCUAGCUAGCUGUGAGUUGAGUUUCUAAAUACAGGUCACCACACCCGUUACCCCACAAUGUCGAAAUCUUUGAACAGUGAGCCUCCCUAUUCAAGAGACAAAUCCAACCAAUACGAAUACGAUGAUGAUGAAGACGAUGACUCAUGUGGAUUCAUUUGCUUUGCUUUGGGUGUAAUCUUUUUGUUUGUAGGUGUGGCCAUCUUAGCAACAGUCAUAGUGUACAGCCAAUCACCUGAAGACACCUCCUCUGUAUUUUCUUUGACCUCUACGCGUGAGGUGAGGCCUGUGUCAGCACUGCUCAUGUCCACAAUUGAAAGGCCGUACAGCAUUAAAACCAUCGACUAUUGCAUCAACAAGUCCUCAGAGGUACCCAGCCCGUUAGCGCUGCUUAUACUCGUUUACUCCAAACCAAAUGGAUUUGUAAGACGAAACGCCAUUAGAGAGACCUGGAUGAAGGACGCCCACAACACAUUAUCACAGAACAAAAUUCUUGUACGAUUCACCAUUCCUGGCUUAGAUUUGUCAUCAAAAGAACGAAAAGCGCUUGAUGACGAGAGUGCCAAUCACAAAGACAUGGUGGUGUUAACAGACAGUGCUAUUACUCCUGAAAGUGAGCUGUUGCUAUUUGAAAUGGUAUGGUCUACUCAAAAAUAUCGCUAUCAAUAUUUAAUGAAGACCAGAGACAACAUGUACAUCCAGAUCGAUAAACUCAAUAAACAAGUACUUCAUGAGCUACUCGAAAAAAAAUUAAAUUCCUACCUGGGAUAUUUUGAAGGAAACAAAGACCCAAAAACCAAUGACAGGCUUCCUGAACCGGACUGGUUUCUAUGUGAUCAAUUUAUACGAUAUGCCCACUCGGGUGGCUACAUACUCUCUCGUGUCUUAGUGGAUCGAUUACUAUCUCAAGCCAAAUUCCUUCAUCCAUACAACAAUGAGGACAUCGCACUAGGCACAUGGCUCUCUCCGUUCAAAGAUAUUGACUUCGCACACAAUAUUGACUUCGACACAGAGGUCGGCAAGCCACGAGGAUGUAACAACAAACUGAUUGUUUUCCAGCCAGCUGACAAUGAAGAAAUGUCUGUGGUUGCAAAACGUCUAGAAGCCACUGGAAACUGCUGUGACUCUGAAUUCUACAAAACAAGGCCUCAUAGUUAUGACUUUUUUGUUCUUCCCUCUAAGUGCUGUACUGAACUAUAAAUAUUUAUAUUGGAGUUAUGCAUGUGUGUAUAAUUAUGCGAGGCAAAAUUAAAAUUGCUCACAGAUUCAAUUUUACAAAACUAUUGAUACACAAUUCAA